AUGGCUACAUUUAUUUUUGGUGCAUUUAAUGUUUAUUUACUGAUUGAUCAUUUUCCAAUUACAAUGUCAGUCGUCCACAGCUGUUUAUAUUAUCUGACUGUACUGAGGAAAGUCUCACUUCUGCAUUGAUAUACCUCCCUUCAUUUAUAUUAAAGGACACCUGAAAAGAGAUCUUACUGAAAAGUAUGCUGAUGCUCAGACUUGUACUAGAUAGUUCAUUUAUUUCAGAGCAGGUAUUAUUGUGCAGAUUCUGAACGCUGGUCCUUAAGGCCUCCGUCGUAGCGUUUCAGCAGGACUCUGGAAUGUAAAAUGUGGCGUUAAUUAACAGCCAAUAAGUAGAAUAUUAUUUUUUAACAAGCCGUUGACUAAAACAAAAGACAGAAAUUGAGAAUUUCAAAAUCACAAGGGCUGAUUCUUUAUAACUGCGCCAUAGAAAAUAUCAAAUAUAGGCUUUAUAUUGUUUUGUAACUCAUAACUGCUAAAGUGAAUAAAUUCUUUUUAUGUCAUAUUGAGAGAUGCAAACUUUUUGAUUUAGCUGCAAACAGUAAAGCACGUCGACCUGAACUAAAAGCAGAACUAAAGUGCUGCUUGUCUAAAACUCUGUAUGGAUUAAAUCACACGCAGAAAGUCUGUUUAGCUAAAUCAAACUGUCAUUUUCAUUUGAAGAGAAGGCAGCUGUGAUGUGUCCCUCUGGCCAGCAGGUGGCAGGACACAAACUCAUAAUCGUGCUUAAAGAAGAUGAUUUUUAAAAAGUCAAAGGUACAAGAAGUCUGCGGGCUCAGCAAAGAGCUUGUUUUAGGUCACAAUCACAGCGCUUCAUGGCGGAGCGGACGCUGAAGUCUUCGGUUCGCUUCGGCUCCGGAUCAGUUUCACACGCUGCUGCCUCCGACCGGCUCCUUCUCCACGGCGACGGCGCAGAGGCUCAUGGGUAUUGUAGUGCGACGUGGGCCCGGCGGCGACGUGUUUGUGGUCACCAUGGCAGCUGGACGCCCCUGUGUUGUUUGGAGUGUUGCGGUGCGUCAGUAAAGACUUCUGCAUCCUCCAGACGGAGACUUUUAAAAAUGCUGCAGAGUGAAAGAAGAAGAAGAUGCCGCGAGGUCACCGGACCGACGCCGCAGUCAGUGGCCGUGAGAGCCAAGUUCCCGUCCUCGAGGCCUCCGGACCAGCUGAUCCUGGAGAGGCAGAAGCAGGACGCCGCCCGAGACAAAGUCCUGGAGUUCGCAAAGUACCAGCAGACCUGGGACAUCAAGAACUCGUGGCUAAAGAGCUCAGACGGGCGCCACCUGAGGGGAACCAUCCAGAGGGGGGUCCGAGCCGCUCUGGACCAGCAGGAGGUCCACAUCCAGGAGAGGAGAGACAGGCUGCGUGUGCUGUUGGAGGCGGAGGAGCAGCAGCUGCUGCAGGAGAUGGAGGACAGGAUGGAGACGUCGGUGGAGAGGCAGGCGAAGAUGAGAGAGCGAGCUAAAACCCUGCGAGAGAGAAGAGAGAGAGACCGACAGCAGCUGGUCUCAGAGAAGAUGGAGCAACUCUUCAGGGAGCAGUGCGAGGAGCUGCGGGCCGCCCAGAGCCGCCGCACAGAGCGGCAGGUGUGCUCUGAGCAAGCCGCCCAGGCGAGGAGCCGGCAGGAGCGGCGGCAGCAGCAGCAGCGGGAGGAGCGUCUGUUUGAGGAGCUGUGGGAGGCCGAUCGCAGAGCCAAGGAGCAGCGGGAGGAGCAGAGGGCGCAGAGGCAGCAGCUCAGGAACCUGCAGCAGCUGGACUUCAUCAGGACUCAGAUGGAAGCGGCCGAGCGGCAGAGGCAGAAACACAGAGAGCUGAGAGAGGAGGAGGCUCGGCUCACGCUGCAGCAGCAGGAGGUGCGGCGGCUGCAGCUGCAGCGCGAGCAGCGGCAGAAGAUCCAGGACCAGGGGGCCCGGCGGCGGCAGCUGGAUCAGAGCCUGCGGCUGAAGAUGAAGCGUCUGUCCAGAGAGCAGCAGGAGGAGCUGCAGCUGGACAUGAGCAUCCUGCAGACGCUGCUCAAACAGGAAACGGACGAGAAACAGGAAGCAGCUCAGAGGAAGGCCGAGCUGCGGCGGGAGCAGCAGGCGUACCGGCGGCAUCUGUCGGACGAGCUGCAGAAGCAGAAGAGGGAGGAGGAGGAGACAGAGCAGCUGAUCGAGGAGAAGCUGAAGGAGGUCUGGACCAACAGGGAGAAGCAGAGCCGGGUGCAGCGAGAGGCCCGGGACCGACUGAUGAGGGAGGUGAUGGAGGCUCGCAGUCUGCAGAUCCAACAAAAAAUGGAUCAGAACAUGCAGAAACAGGUGGAGCUGUCCAAAGAGAGAGACGAGCUGAGCAGAGUGAUGGAGGAGAUGAAGGUGACGGACGAGGAAGAGAAAAGACGUCAGAAGCAGACCCGCGAGGCGUAUCAGGCCGACCUGAAGGCUCAGAUGAAGCACCAGCAGCAGCUUCGGAGUGAGCAGAGGGAUCAGGCGGAGAGGGAGCACCAGCAGGGUCUGAUCCUGCAGGAGCAGUACAAACAGAGGGCCGAGGAGAUCCUGUCCAGACCCGCAUCUCACACCACCGCCUCACAUCCUUUCAGACGAGCAGAGGGAUCCAGGUCCGCCUCCUGAACAGAAGGGGGACACGUGAUACGCAGAGAAACCCUGUAAGAGCUUCCUGUCCAAUAUAUUUAGUUACAACACUGCAGGAGAGUUUUCAUUAUUUCCUAGUUUUCUUUUUUAGUUUUACUGAAUAAUCUCAGGGAGUCCAGGACCUGCCCCCCUUUCACAGUGUGACGUCCUCAGUAAACCGGGUCCUCAGUAAAGACUAACAUCGACACGCUCAUUAUCUUAGGUUAGCGUGUUAGCAUGCAGUAAACAGCUGAUGGGUAUAGCAUCAGUUCUGGUCAGUGCCUGAUGAGGGCGCUAGAGGAGAACUUACACUUCAUCCUGAGGGGGACUUGAAGGUCUGAACCUACAGCAAGCUGUUUUAACAUUUAUCGCUAUUUAAGAGCUACUAGCAAUUAUUCAUUAGGACUAGUACUUAACCUCGAGCUACUAGUGUCCAUAUAUUUUAUUUUUGCCAUUUAUAUCUAUCUGCAGUUCAGAUAUCUCCUGUUCCAACAGGCACUACAAACAUUUCCAUUUUACUAGUAUCUAUUAUAUACCAGUACCCGUUCAUUACUUACUAGUAACUAUUCCAAAAGAUACUGGAAACAUUUUCAUUUUUACGAGUAAGACGAUUUUACUAGUAUCUAAAAUAAUCACUAGUAUCUACAUAAUAAUAAUAAUCUUUAUUUCUAGAGCAAGUUACAAAGUGUAAAGACAAUAAUACAGAAACAACACAAGGUAAAAGCAUGACUAGUAAAACAGAAACAGUUACUAGUGACUAAUAAAUAAACACUAGUAGCUUUUAAAUAGCGAGUAGUAAGUUUUAAGGAGUAAAUGUUAAAACAGCUUCUCAUACUGAAGCACAUUUCAUCACAAUCCUGAGAGCUGCUGUUACAGUUAACAAGUAAUUGUUAUUCUUCUAAUAAUCUGUGUCGGUGACUGCGAGCCUUUAGAGAUUUUAGUAGUGAAGACAAAGAUACAGCAAACUCUGUGAGCUGCCAGACGAACAGGCUGAAACAGACACAGCGUGAGCUCACGAGAUGACACACAGCACUCACACCUGGAGGGCCAGUAUCCUGGCGCCCGUUGGGCAAUACGCUGUUUGCCGAAGGUGUGUUUUAUUGUGAAAGAAUCACCCAGCAGGAAGAAACAGCGACUCUUUGAAAACUGAUCUAUUGUCAGUUUCGGCUCAGAGUAAUAAAGUCGUCACAAGAUAUUCAGUUUGAUGUGAAGUGAAAUGUUUCAAUAAUCAGUGAUAAAGAUUGUUGUUGUUUAAUUUAAAGUCGAUCACUCUGCUCCAGGAGUACUUCUGCUUGUGAUAUUGACAGUACAUUUUGCUGAUAACACACAGUUUUGAAUGCAGUACUUUCACCUGUAACGCAGUAUUAAAGUACUGCUUCUUUUACUGUUGUUAAAGAUCUGAAUAAUUCUCCCACCGCUGCUUCCAGGAACGUGGUGACACUUUAUUUUGUCGGGUUUCUUUUUUCUAGUUUCUACUUUCCUGGAAAGAACUUUGUAAUUUUAAUAAACUCUUAAGUCUCAAA